AUGUCUUUGGAACUUACUGAACUCGUCAAGCGUCCUGGUGCUGGUAGAUCUGGUCAACCCGUUCGCGUCAGAGCCAAUUUCUUUGAAGUUAACUCUUUCCCCACUCAAAACAUCCACCACUACGAUGUUACCAUUGAUCCUAUUGACAAACCUCCUAUGGUUUACCGUAAUGUCUGGCAAAAGUUUGAAGAUAGCAAUGGCCAAGGUAUUCUCACUGGUAUCAAGACUAUCUUUGAUGGUCGCAAGAAUGUCUUCUCUCCCAAGCCUCUUGAUUUGGGUGAAGAGCAAGCCAGAGCCUUUGAGGUUGACCUUGCUGAAGGUGGUGCUGCUGGUACUAAGCGUCACAGCGACAUCUUCAAGAUCCGUAUCAAGAAGGCUGGUGAAGUCAACAUGGAAGAGCUCAGACGCUUCUUGUUGGGUCAAUCUGCCUGUACCUCCAACUGUCUCACCGCCAUCAUGGUGCUUGAUAUCUUGGUUCGCCAUGUUCCUUCUACACUCUACACCACUGUUGGCCGCUCUUUCUUCACUCCUGCUGAUAAGAGACCUCUUCCUAAUGGUGCUGAAGUCUGGCAAGGCUACUACCAAUCCGUUCGUCCCACUGUAGGCAAGAUGAUGGUCAACAUUGAUGUCAGCUCCACUGCUUUCUACGAGUCUGGUCCUUUGCCUGAUGUCGUCGCUAAGAUCUUGGGUCGUCGUUCUCUUGAUGAACUUCGUCGCGGUAUCCCUGAACGCGAUCUCUCCAAGCUUGAAAAGAUUCUCAAGGCCUUGAGAAUCCAAGUCGUCCAUCGCGGUGAGAAGAAGCUCAAGUAUAAGAUUUCCAAGCUCACUCCUUCUCCUGCUGACCGCACUGUCUUCAAGGAUGAUGCCGGCAAUGAAAUGACUGUUGCCAACUACUUUGCCAAGCAAUACAACAAGCGUCUCGCCUAUCCUUUCUUGCCUUGUGUUGUCGUCAAGAAGGACAUCUUCUUGCCCAUGGAAGUCUGUGAGAUUCUCCCUGGUCAACGUCAUCAAAAGAAGCUCAAUGAGAAGCAAACCGCUGAAAUGAUCAAGCACACCUGCCAAAAGCCCAACGUCCGUGCCAACAAGAUCAAGCAAGGUCUCGGUCUUUUGCAAUACAACAACCCUUACAUGCAACAAUUUGGUAUGUCUGUCAAGCCCGAAAUGUCCGUCAUCAACGCUCGUGUCCUCCCUACCCCCAAGAUCUCUUAUCACCCCUCAUCUCAAGAAGCUGAAUUCGCUCCUCAAGGUGGUGCUUGGAAUUUGAGAGGCAAGAAGGUUGCUCAAGGCGCUACCCUUGGUUCUUGGUCCGUUGUUAACUUUGCUGGUGCCAUCCCCAUGCCUGCCAUCCAACGUUUCAUCCGUGAAUUAUGUCAAACCUUUGCUGAUACUGGUUUGAACGUUGUCAACCGUCAACCUCCUAUUUCCUCUGCUGAUCCUCAAGGCAACAUUGAACGUACCCUCAAGGAAGCUUGGUUGAAGGCUGGUAACGCAGCCAAGGCAAACCCUCAAUUGAUCGUCUGUAUCUUGCCCAACACUGGUGUUCCUUUGUAUGCUGAAAUCAAGCGUAUCUCUGAUACUAUUAUUGGUGUCCCCACACAAUGUGUCCAAUCCAAGCAUAUUGCUGAUGCCAAGAAGCAAUACUGUGCCAAUGUCUGUCUCAAGGUCAACAUGAAGUUGGGCGGUAUGAACUUGUUCCUUAAUCCUCCUCACAUUCCUUUCAUUGCUCAAAGACCUACUAUUGUCUUGGGUGCCGAUGUUACUCACCCUGCUCCUGGUGACAUGAACCGUCCUUCCAUCGCUGCUCUCGCUGCCUCCAUGGAUGCUCGUGCCUCAAGAUACUCUUCAUCUAUCCGUGUCCAAGCUAACCGCACUGAAAUCAUUGCUGAUCUUCCCAACAUGAUCAAGGAGGUUCUCAAGAGCUUUUACCAAUCUUGCGGUCAAAAGCCUGAAAGAAUUCUGUUCUACCGUGAUGGUGUCUCUGAAGGUCAAUUCAAGCAAGUCAUGGAUUCUGAAGUCGCUGCCAUCCGUGCUGCCUGUGCCUCUCUUGACAAGAACUACAAGCCUACUCUUACCUUUGUCGUUGUCCAAAAGAGACAUCAUGCUAGAUUCUUCCCCAUUGAAAUGCGUGAUGCUGAUAGAACUGGUAAUUGUAAGCCUGGUACCGUUGUUGACACUGAUAUCGUCCAUCCCUUUGAGUUUGAUUUCUACCUUCAAUCUCAUGCUGGUUUGCAAGGUACUUCAAGACCUACUCACUACCACGUCCUUUAUGAUGAGAACAAAUUCACUUCUGAUGCCCUUCAAGAAUUGACGUAUAACCUCUGUUAUAUCUAUGGUCGUGCUACUCGUGCUGUCUCCAUCGUCCCUGCUGCUUACUAUGCCGAUCUUAUCGCAGCUCGUGCCAGAUUCCACCGACGUGGUGAGAACUGGUCUGAUACCGAUGCCACUUCUGAAUCCAUGGAUUCUGAUGCUCAAAUGGCCUCUUUCGCUGUUGUCAAGCCUGAAUUGCAAAAGGUUAUGUACUUUAUGUAA